CUUCAAACUCACAGAAAAUACUCUUCAACGACUGUAGAUUAUUCAGUCAAAGUAUGAAGGUUAACUAUUGUGUAGUUCUGGAAAUUCAUUGAGGACGAGCACUCACGAUUGAAACAUAUGUAGACGAGCGAGGGUGAAGAAGUAAGGGUCGCUCUUUCUACUAUAGAAUCUGCGUUCAAUGCGCAUCUUAAUUAUGAAAAAAUAAUCAUAGAAACCUAUAAUUCCGAAAAACGUUGGUGAAAACUUUUGUUAUAUAUGUUUCAAUCGUGUUUUCCAGAACUACACCAUAGUUAACCUUCAUACUUUGACUGAAUAAUCUACAGUCGUUGAAGAGUAUUUUCUGUGAGUUUGAAGUCGAAUUGAUGUUCCUAGAAUGAGUUAUAAGUUUUUCUUGAAAAGAACCUCAUUUCAAGGACCUCGCCCGUAAAAUAGCUGUAUUUCACUGACUACUAACAGGCAAUUCAUAAAAUAUUAUAUUGUAGAUAGAGUAGAAUCGUGGCUACAUUUUAGUAAAAAGAAAAACUUUUCAUCUCUCGUAGGUCAGGAGCGAUUGAUAUUUUACGAAAAAGACAUAAAUCGCUUAUAUCUCACGAACCAUCUAGUAACAGAGGCCCAAACUUGGUGGGUGAUCAACAUUUGGCAAGAGCUAUGAACACACAAAAGUAGAGUCCCUAGUUAUCAUGAUUCUUGAGUUACAGGGGGGCGCUGCUUUAGAGGAGUACUAUACUAGAAUUUUUGAAGUUCUUCUCCUAGAUUCGAUCUGCUGACCUUUCAUACACUAUACCUCUCGAACUACGUAUUUUCCCAUUGCACUAAAUUGUGCAAAAGGAAACUACGAGUUAUGAUAAUACGUUCGUAUUAUACACCGUAUAUAUUUAAAUAGUCUUUACAUGUGAUCACUCACAUGUUACUAGCUAUACUAUACAUCUAGGAGAUCUAGAAAAAGAACUUCAAAAAUUCUAAUAAAAACUCUCCUAUAAACAAUAUUCUCGAGUACUGUACUAGUCAGCAAAUUUCCUUGAAAAGACAGAUGAUUGUCCAUUGACGUAUUUGCUUUUACUUUUAUUUAGAUGUAAAAUGUCUUGUAAAAGAAGCUGGAAGAUGAAGACAUUGAACGGUUCGUACGCGUUCACGAUGCUCUAUUUCGUUCCAAUAGGUUUUAUUCAUUAUAGUUUGGUUUUACAAAUUAUAUUUUGUCUUCUUUUGGAUGAGAGUAUGCGCAGGCUUCACGAUUGACCUUGAACAGGUGCCAAAUUUGGCAAAAAAUAAUCAAAAAUUUCAAAUUUUUUAAACGUCAGAAAACUUGCAUUUUCAGCAAAAUUUUCUUAGAAAAAAUAUUCAAAAAAAAUUGAGCGAAAGUAGACCAGAUUUGAGAGGAGAAAGCUUGGCCUAAUCGUGAACUCUGUGUAUGUGAUCUAUUCAAACACACUAUAUAUUUUUUCUUUUUUUUGUCCUUGUUCUUAGUUGAUUUGUUUUCUUUGAAUGCACUGUAUUAAAAGCGGAAAAUGAGCGAAUGUAAAAUUUUUGUUGCUCCGUUGUGUAUGCCUGUUCGUUAUUGAUUUCUUACUAAAAAUAAAACUAUACUAAGAUAAUCUGUAUCAUUUUCUUUAAAAGAUACUCAUUCGUAUGCGGUAAAUUUCAUCGUUAUUAACAUAAUUCGAGAAAGGUCUGUACGUAAAUUGCAUCCUUUGAAACAAUGUGUUCGAAUUGUUCAUAUGUUCAUUUACACAUUUAUUAUAUUGUAAAGUGUCAUUUACAAUAUUGUGAUCGGCGAUUCCUACCCUUGAAUCUCGAAUGUUCACAAGACAAGAAAUAAUACCUGAUAAUCAUUUUUUGUUUAUCUUGUUUAAGAUGGCAGCAGCAAAAGAGACCAGGACAGCUGAAGUAUUGCUAUCAGAAGCCAAUAAAAAAUCCAGAUCAAUAGGUAGUCUUUUUAAUAAAGUAUUUAGCAAUGCGUCGAAUGCUCUUGAAAAUACACGUGCUCUUUACAUGAAAGCUGGGAAUCAAGCGAAAAGUGAAGGCAGAUACGAUUUAGCUGUUGAAGCAUAUAAAAAAGCAUUGUCUGGUGCUGAACAAUUUGAACAAGCAUCGUGUUAUGAAAAUAUUGCGGCAUCGUAUAUGAUGUUUGAGCCAUCAAAAGCCAUUGGAGCAUUUCAAAAAGCAGCUGAAUUACAUUGUACAUUGAAUCGUUUUCCAACUGCAGCUGGUUGUUUAGAAAAAGCAGCAGAUGUUUAUGAACAGUGUGAGAAUUUCGAAAAAGCCAAUGAAUGUUUAAUAACGGCACAACGAUUUUAUGUACAAGAGCGACAGAAAGCAUCAGCCGGAAGAGUUAAAACACGAAUGGCUAAUAUUCGAGUUCAACAGCGGAAAUUUAUGGAUGCAAAAUUAUUAUUUGAAGAAAUGGCUGAAUUAGUGAAAGAUGAUUCACUGUUACGUUAUGGGGCAAAAGAUCAUUACUUUCGUGCUGUUUUGUGUUCACUGUGUAUUGAUGUUGAUAAUGGCCAAAUUGUUUUUGAUCAAUACACAGCAGACAAUCCAUCGUUUGAUAAUUAUCAACCGGAGGUAAAAUUAUUACGAAAUCUUAUUCAAUGUGUACGUGAUGGAAAUAAAGAACAGUACGUUCAAUAUAUUAAAGACAGUCCAUUAGCAUCAAUUAAAAACGAUAAAUACAUCAAAAUCUUAAUUGAAGAUAUUAAGCAAAAAAUAGAUGGAGACAUUGAUUUGAAAUGA